AUGGACACUAGCUAUAAUUAUGAUUAAUAUGCUUAAAAGGCAUACUCUGCUAAUGUAUUUAAAGUGGAUGAAUCUGAAUUUAUUAUAGAAAAGAGAUACAAGCCAACUUAAUAGCGUAAUAUUUUACUCAUAAUUUCAGUUGGAAGUGGUGCAUAUGGUGUUGUGAUUGGUUGUGAAGAUACAAAAGCAACAAAUACAGAAUAAAAAAUGGUGGCAAUAAAAAAAAUUGAAAGAACAUUUGAACAUAGAUUUUAUGCUAAAAGAACAUUAAGAGAGUUAAAGAUCUUAAGAAAUUUAAGACAUGAAAAUGUAUAUAUUAAAUAAAAAGACUUUAGAUAGUUAAUUUAAUCACUCUACAGUUACCUAAAUCAAGAAAACACUUUUAUGAUAUGUAUAUACUACACUUAAAUGUAUUAAUAGUUAUUGUGUAACAGAAUUAUUAGAUACUGACUUAAAACGGGUAAUUGAUAAAGAACAUGCAAAAUUGAAUUAAGAUCACUUUAAAUUGUUUUUGUAUUAAAUUCUAAGGGCCUUAAAAUAUAUGCAUUCAGCCAAUAUUUUGCAUCGAGAUCUUGUAAUAUAAUAUAAUUUAAUUUAGAAACCAACAAAUCUGUUAUUAAAUAAAUAAGAUUGCAUGCUCAAAGUCUGUGAUUUUGGAUUGUCAAGAGCAUUAUUAUAGACAACAAAAACACAAUAACAAAAUCCAAAUAUCAUGACAGAUUAUGUUGAAACAAGAUAUUACAGAGCUCCAGAAUUAUUGUUAGGACUUAAAACUUAUACUUAAGCAGUAGAUAUAUGGAGUGUUGGAUGUAUAUUUGCAGAAAUAGUAAGAGGUAAAACAUUAUGGAGAGGAUAAAAUUGUAAUUGAUAAUAACUUAUUUUAAGCUAAACAACAAAUUAAAAUGAUUUUUGAAACUCUUGGAACCCCUUCUAAAACAAAGAUAAUGCAAAUUUAAGAUACUUUUGUUUCAUCUAAACUUAUUGAAUUAGUUUCAGAAUUAGGAUCAUUAGAAAGAGUACCUUGGGAUAAAGUUGUUAAAGGAUUACCACCAGAAGGAUAUGAUCUUCUUGAAAAAUUCUUAGAAAUUGAUUAUAAGAAAAGAAUCACAGCUGCUGAGGCCUUAAAACAUCCAUAUUUAAAGGAAUUGCAUAAUCCAAAUGAUGAAGUAUUCUAUUUAAUCUAAACUUAAUAGCCUACUAGAUCUCCAGUAUCUAAUAUGGAGUUUGAAUUUGAAAUGUAUGAGUUUACUAAUGAAUAACUCAAAGGUAAUCAAUUAUAUCAUUUUAGAUAUGAUUUAUGAGGAAAUUCUGUUGUACCAUUAUCCUGAAUUCAAGAAGCAAUAUGAAGAAAAGAUUGCCAAUAAUUAAAGUGUUAUAAGUCACAUAAUAAAGGGUGAGAGUGCUAAAGUUAUUGAUCCUGAAGCAGAUGAUGAUUAUCCUAUAUGA